AUGCCUGCAUUUGAUGUGCGGCCAGCCCGCAAAGGGCCUCUGAGGCUCGAUCCUAUCCCCGAGAUCCUCCGCCCCUUGAUUCGCGCCUAUCUCCUGGGCUAUGCAUCUGCCGUGGCUCCCCGGCUGUUGACAUUAGUGUUGCAACAUGCUGCUAAGAGGAGGCGAAAACUGGCCAGCCAAACUUCUCCAGAUCGGGACGACAACUCUUUUAUCAAGUCUGCAGCACAUAUAGUAAAAACAGGGUUCAACCCACAACGAUUUCCAACAUUUUGUGCCAUAUUGGCCGGUGGUACUACUCUCCUAAAGCUAAUACACCGAAAGGAACCUUUGAAAAGCAUUCUAGAGAAAACUGCGAAAGGUCUCAGUAAGGAAGGUCGUUCGAGGCUGGCAAGAUGGUUGUCGACAUUCCUUGCUGCAUGGUUUGGCCUCCGCCUACUACACUCGUACGAGGGUAGAGCAUAUACAGAAACUGUGCCGCCGAAAGAGGGAUCGCCCUCUGAGGCGGAGCCUCAAACUCUUAAGUUUGCUGGUCGAACGAUGGACCUAACCCUGUUUGCCGUCACUCGAGCCCUUGACGUUGUUGUUGGUGAUCUGUGGAUGAGACACAAAUCCCGACGACUAGCUUCCAACAAGUGGUCAAAGACCGAACGGUUCGUUUCCAAGUUUGUUGACCCCCUAGUCUUUGCCGCCUCAUCAGGUCUUGUUAUGUGGGCUUGGUUCUACCACCCAGAACGUCUUCCCCGCAGCUACAACAAAUGGAUCACCUCGGCGGCAUCCGUAGACCUGCGGCUUAUUGAGGCCCUUCGACGUUGCCAUUCGGGCGAGUUUCAGUAUGGUAAGGAGACCGGGCAGGCACAUCUCUUACAAGGCAUGUGCGUUGACUACGAAUGGCCCCUUGCUUGGGGAGAUCCUGCGGUGGUUGUUCCCAUUCCUUGUCAGAUGGUCCACAUGGCAAGCGGGCCUUCAUGCGAAUAUCAUGCUGCCAGCCGCUUUUUUCGUGCCUGGAAGUGGUCAAUGGCUACGUACUUGCCUCUGACACUCGCCCUUGCUCUUCGGAACCCUUCUCGCAAAGCUUUGCGCCGAGCCUUAAUCUCAUCCUGCCGCUCGUCUAGUUUCCUCGCAACUUUUAUCACUCUCUUUUACUACGGAGUCUGUCUUAGCCGCACUCGCAUAGGGCCACGGCUCCCUGGUGGUACUACCAUCGAGCGUCGUCAACAAAUGGACAGUGGCAUCUGUGUCGGUACAGGCUGCCUGCUAUGUGGUUGGAGUAUCAUGCUUGAGACACAAGGUCGAAGGAAGGACAUUGCGCUGUUCGUUGCGCCUCGUGCCUUGGCCACCGUCUUGCCUCGACGCUAUUCACUGGAUAAGGAGUGGCGAGAACGGCUUGUAUUCGCCGCCAGCACUGCAAUUGUAUUCACUUGUGUUGCCGAGAACCCAGAACGAGUAAGGGGCGUCUUUGGAAAGCUUCUAAAUAUGGUUCUCAGCGAGUAG